CAUUGUCAUUCUAUUUUUCACUUGUGCUUGCGUAUUUCAUAUUUUAUAACUUUGCGACAAUUUAAUUAAAUAUUUACCAUCGCCGAUUUAAUUGUGUUUCGAUUAUAUUUUAAUUAUUAAUAUAUUCAAUAUGGUGGUAAGGAGUUAUAAUGAAGAACUUAAAUACUUAGAGAAGAUGAACCCCCAUUGCUGGAGAAUCAAGAAAGGAUUUCAGCCAAACAUGAAUGUGGAGGGUUUAUUUUAUGUCAAUAGUACACUUGAAAAAUUAAUGUUGGAAGAGUUAAGGAACUCAUGCAGACCUGGAAUGACGGGAGGGUUUUUACCCGGCGUGAAACAAAUUGCUAAUGUCGCUUCUUUACCGGGAAUUGUGGGUCACUCUAUUGGGCUGCCAGAUGUUCAUUCGGGAUACGGUUUUGCUAUAGGAAAUAUGGCGGCAUUUGAUAUGUCUGACCCUAAAUCAAUUGUUUCGCCUGGUGGUGUUGGUUUUGAUAUUAAUUGUGGUGUUCGUUUACUUAGAACCAAUUUAAGUGAAAAAGAUGUACUCCCAAUUAAGGAACAACUGGCACAAAGUCUUUUUGAUCACAUACCUGUUGGUGUUGGAUCAAAAGGUAUAAUUCCUAUGAAUGCAAGAGACUUGGAGGAAGCAUUAGAAAUGGGUAUGGAUUGGUCUCUUAGAGAAGGAUAUGUUUGGGCUGAAGAUAAGGAACAUUGUGAGGAGUAUGGUCGGAUGUUGAAUGCAGAUCCAUCAAAAGUAAGUCUUAGAGCAAAGAAGAGAGGUCUACCACAGUUGGGGACACUGGGUGCUGGUAACCAUUAUGCUGAGAUACAAGUGGUUGAUGAAAUAUUUGAUAAAUAUGCUGCAAGCAAAAUGGGCUUGGAGAGAACUGGCCAAGUUGUAGUGAUGAUACAUUCUGGAAGUAGAGGGUUUGGACAUCAAGUUGCAACAGAUGCUCUAGUUGAAAUGGAAAAGGCAAUGAAGAGGGACAAGAUUGAUGUAAAUGAUAGGCAAUUAGCUUGCGCCAGAAUAAAUUCUGUUGAAGGACAAAAUUAUCUGAAGGCAAUGGCAGCGGCUGCUAACUUUGCUUGGGUUAACAGAAGCUCGAUGACCUUCCUAACUCGACAGGCAUUUGCAAAACAAUUCAAAAUGGCUCCGGAUGAUUUAGACAUGCAUGUGAUAUAUGAUGUGUCCCACAAUAUUGCUAAAAUUGAGGAACAUGUUGUAGACGGAAAAGUGAAGACAUUAUUAGUUCACAGAAAGGGUUCUACAAGAGCAUUCCCUCCGCACCAUCCCUUAAUUCCGGUAGAUUACCAGCUGACUGGUCAGCCAGUGUUGAUUGGUGGGUCAAUGGGCACAUGCAGCUAUGUCCUCACUGGAACUCAACAGGGCAUGACUGAAACUUUUGGUACUACUUGUCAUGGAGCGGGCCGUGCAUUGUCUCGUGCUAAAUCUAGAAGGAACAUUGAUUAUAAAGAUGUUUUGAAUAAAUUAGAGAGCAUGGGUAUAUCUAUUCGUGUAGCCUCACCUAAGCUUGUGAUGGAAGAAGCUCCGGAGUCAUAUAAGAAUGUGACUGAUGUUGUUGACACCUGCCAUGCCGCUGGUAUCAGCAAGAAGACUGUCAAGUUAAGGCCUAUUGCUGUUAUAAAAGGCUGAACUCUAACCUAUUAUAUGAGUACUGAUUAUAAUUUUGAUUCAUACCAAGAUUGUUAAAAAUGUAUCUCUUAAAUAUUGUUUAAUGCUAAAUUUCUAAUUAAACAAGGUGUUUUUUGCAUUUAAAGAAAUAUGGUACUAUUUAUGAUAGUACUGUGAAUAAAUGUUAAAAUUAUUAACGUGAAAUAAGAAUAAGAAAUAUCCUAUUGUAACUAUAUUUGUAGUAAGCUAGCAUUUUUACUCUGAUAUUUAUAUUAUGGAUUUAUUUUAACAAUUUAUAAUAAAACAAUGUUUCAGUAUAACAUUUAUUAUAGUUUUCACAACAUGUUAUAAUUCUACUUUGAAAAUAUUAAUACUGCAAUAAUUUGACUAACAUGAGAGGUAUUUUCUAAUGACUAUUUGCACUAAAGCUGUCUAUAUAACUUUCAAUUUGUCCGCUAUGACCACUAACAAGGCGGUGCCGAGGAAGAAGAGGCCGGAUGGUAGAACUGCUGUUGUGUGGUCAACCUCAUCUGUGAAAACGACUGAUUUUUAAAGUUAUUUAUAUUAUUUGAUGUGCCACAUGCAUUCAAAGUUGUUAAAGUGUGCUAUAAAUAAAGUUUUUACCUAACUUU